AUGAAGCUGAUUCUUAUCUUCUUUUGUGGCCUGCUAGCUCUCGUAGCUGCAGCGGAUACAGGUGCCAAAGAGCAGUGUGCCAAAACAUGUGAUCCCCGUGACAGUUGCUGCAUCGCCAAGUGCUAUCAGGUGCCUUGCCCCAGUGAGAGUCAGGUUGAUGACACCCAUGAUUGUGUCGCCGCAUGCCCUCAGGGCACUGGCUCCCCAGCCGACACCCAGAAGUAUGCCGACUGUGAGCAGCGUUGCUUCGACACUCACUACCUCCCCGCCGCCGGUGUCGCCGCUACAACUACUUCGUCCGGUGCCACUGCUUCUAGCACUACUACUUCUGGCACCACCACCUUUUCUAGCACUACUGCCUUCACAACCACUUCUUCUGAUACAAUUGCCUCUGGCAUCUCUGCUUCGGGCACCCAUACUACCCAGACUGAUACCACUGCCAAUUCGGACAGCAUAUCCUCCAAGGAAAGUGGUUCGUCCAGUCCCACUAGUGCUGCGCACACCACCAAUGCGGCUGUCAACAUUCAGAUCAGUGCUUUGAGCGUCAGUAUCUUUGGCUUGGUGAUCGCUGCUUUUGCUUUGUGA